AUGGCCGUUUCCCACAGUAAAAUCCCAGUUGAGAUUCGCAAACUGAUGGUGGAUCUGAGAAAUGAAGGCAAAAGCUUGUUCGAAAUCGUAGAUGUUGUGAAUCGACCACGAUCGUCUGUUCAAUAUGUGCUUCAGAACUUCAAGAAAACUAAUUCUUCGGAAACAACUCCUGGAAGAGGACGCAAGCCAAAGCUCACAGACCGUCACCAACGCAUACUUCUGCGGGAAAUCAAACAAAAUCCAAAUUUGAGUGCUCCUAAGUUGGCUGACAGCUUGUCACAAAACGCCAACAUCAAGGUUAACCCUCAAACAAUACGGAAUGUGCUCCAUGACAAAGGGGAUCGAGGAUGCGUUGCACGAUAG